GGGUGGAGCUGUGAGAGGGGUGGAGCUGUGAGAGGGGUGGAGCUGUGAGAGGGGGAGCAGGGCGGGGGGCUCGGCGAUGUUUGCAAAGCUGAAGAAGAAGAUUUCGGAGGAGGAGGGAGGAGGGGUUGUGCGGGGCCUCCCUGGACCGGGCCUUGCCGGGCGACUCCCACGCACACUCAGCCGCGAGUCCCUCGCCUCCACCGGCGCCGACUCCGGGGACGACGCGUCUCUGGAUGGCAGCGCCUCCAGGGAGGAGCUGCUGGUGCUCCUGUCGCGCCGCACUGACCAAAUCCGCAAGCUCGAGGCCAAACUCGGAGAGUGUGCGGAGCAGCUGAGGAACACAGCACGGCUCAAGGAGAAGCUCGAGGCAGCGCUGGAGCGCCAGCAAGACUCCUCCAUGAGGAAGAUGCAGGAGCUGAAUGAGUCAUACCAGGCCAAGCGCUCCAAGAUGGCGGAGAACGCUACUCUUGCUCUCGAGAAGAACAACAAGGAGUGGACGGAGAAGCUUGCGGCGAUGGAAAAGGAGAGGAGGGAGCUGGCGCUGCGCCUGGCCGAGUUUGAGGAGCGCAGCGCUGACUUCUUCCAGCGGCGUGACGAGCGCGAUGAGCUCACGGAGCUGCAGCAGCAGGAGACCGCCAAGGUCAAGCACAUGCUGCUGCGCAAGGAGGAGGAGAGCCGCUGCCUGAGCGAGGAGGUGGCGUGCACCAGGCAGGAGGUCGCCGCGCUAGAGGCUCAGCUCGAGCGGGCGCAAGAGGAGCUGUCAGCGCUCCGGGCCAACGGCGCCGCACUCAAGAGCGACAACUCAUACUUGCGGCGGGAGCUGGAGGAGGAGCGCCAGCGAGGGGAGCAGCAGGAGAGCGAGCUCUCACUACAAAACCAGCGGCUCUCCCACGAGCUGGCGCAGGCCCGCUUUGCGCUGCAGGAGCUACAGGAGGAGCACAAGGCCCUGAGAGUGGAGACCGAGUCCCUGGGGCAGCAGGCGCAGCAGGCUGCCAGGGAGACUGAGCAGCGCUGCGCCAUGAUUGGUCGGCUCACGGAGAAGGCGACGUCGCUGGAGAGGAGGAUUGCGGGAGACCUGACAAUGGACCAACACACACAGGAGCUCCUCCUCGAGCGGGCACGGCUGGAGGAGCGCCUGGAGGAGCUCUCCACUCGCCUCUCUGAGUCGCAGGCCGUCGCCACGGCAACCACAUCCGGCUUGGAGCAGCAGGUGAGGGAGUUGCGAGACCGUGCGCGGGAGCUGGAGGCGGCGGCGCAGGCGAAGGAGGAGGAACGCGCGGGGAAGACGCGUGCUCGCGAUGAGGAGCUGCGCCGCCUGCACGAGGAUCUCACCGCCACCAAGGAGGAGCUGAAGCGUGCACAGAGGGUGGCGACGACGCGGGAGAGCGAGCGAGACCAAGUGCGUGCGGAGGGGGAGGCCGAGCGGCGGCGCCUGCAGCAGCAGUGGGCGGCGUCUCGCCAGCAGCUGGGGGAGCGUGUGGCGGCGCUGGACGCACAGCUCUCAGCGCUGGAGACGGCGCGCGACUUCGACCGCACGGCUAGCCAGCACAGCCUGGGGCAGCUGCAGGCAGAGGGCGAGGAGCUGAGAGAACGAGUGGCUGAGCAGGAGGCCACAGCACGCACCCUGGAGGAGGAGCUCCACAGCACCCAGGCCGAGCUCACAGCUCAGAGGGCAGCACUCGCCCAGUCGAUCUCUGACCUGGAGAUGACACGGAGAUGUGGGGAUACACUACAGAAACAGCUGUGCGAGCUGCAGGAGGCAUUGGCGCUGGCGGAGGGGAGGCUGGCGGAGGCUCAGGAGCGCUGCACCUCCACAGAGGCUCGGAGCUACGUGCUCGAGCAAGAGCUGCGCGCCAGCGAGGCGCUGGCGGAAGAGAGGCAGCGUGCCAGCGAAGAGGAGGUGGAGGAAGGGGAGGCAGCGCAGCCAGCGCAGGCAGGGCCUUUGGGGACACAUGGGGCCCGCAACGGGACCCGGGAGGGGCCGGGGGGCGGGAGCGACGAUGGUGGUGAUGAUGGCGCCACUGCCGCCGCCGUAAUUACGGUCGCUGCUAUUUCCGGCACCGCUGAGGAGGAGGGGGCCAACUCGGCGCUGAGGAUGGAACUGGCGGAGAAGCACAAGACCAUCAAGCAGUUGCAGCAGCGCCUGGCAGAGCUCAAGAAGACUCUGCAGAGGGAGCUGCGCCUGAGAGUGGAGGGGUCCGAUUCUGGGAAUGCAGCAGCAGGAGUGGUGGAUGGAAGGGAGCGACCGUUUGGGGCCUCCCACUCCUUGAUGGCCCCCCACGAGCCUCCGGAUUGGUUGAGGGGGGGCGGAGUGCUGGGGGGGGCCGUGGGCGGGGGCCUGGGGGGCGGAGGGGCGGGGUUUGGGCCGUAUGCGACGGGCGCUGCCGGCGAGCCGCCGCGCGUCAACCUGCAGUACCUGAAGCACGUGGUACUCAAGUUCGUGUCGGCUCGUGAGGCGGAGGCGUUCCACCUCGUUCGGGCCAUCUCCGUACUGCUGCACCUUUCCUCCCAGGAGGAGCGUCUCUUGAAGGAGACGCUGGAGUACAAGAUGUCAUGGUUUGGAACGCGGCCAGCCCCGCAGGGCGCCGUGCGUCCCUCCAUCACCGGCAGCGGCCUGCCCUGGCAGUGACGGCCUGCGCGUUCUGCCUUUGCGUGGCUGCUGCGGUCUCCGAAUGCUGGGGAGAGAGAGUGCAUUCCUUGCUGUAUUUAUAAAACUAAAUUCCGCUGUGGAGGUUGGCUCGCGGAUGUGGAACCACGGAACGGACUCGCGCAGGUCACUUCCUGCCCCCGCCGUAAGGAAUUCCGGGACAUGGGCUGCCCCCCCGACCCCAUUCCCACCCCGGAUCACGUUAUCGUCGUUGGUUGUACCGCAUCGCCAUGGGGCGCCAAAGCUCCCCUGCAGAGGGCCGCACGGUGGCGCUAGCAGUGCCACGCGUCGCACCCGGCCACGCGUCGCAACCCGGGCACGUGUCACAUUACUCCACUGCAGCUUAGCAGCAGUGGCAGCAGCGGCAGCCCAUGCAGCAGAGAGGUGGGGUGUCCGACUCCAUCUGGCCCUGCCAAGUGACGUGUGGCCGGGUGUGAUGUGUGGCAGUGUGUGGCAACGUGGUUGGGUGCGACGCGUGGUCAGGCGUGACGUGGCCGGAUGUGACAACGUGGCCAGGUGUGACCUUGGCGAGUGUGGCAACCUGGCCGGGUGCGAUGCGUGGCCGGGUGUGACGCGUGGCCGGGUGUGAUGCGUGGCCGGGUGUGACGCGUGGCCGCAUGUAAUGCGUGGCCGGGUGCGACGUGCGGCCGGGUGGUGACGCGUGGCCGCGUGUGACGCGUGGCCGGGUGUGACGCGUGGCCGGGUGUGACGCGUGGCCGGGUGUGACGCGUGGCCGGGUUUGACGCGUGGCCGGGUGUGACGCGUGGCCGGGUGUGACGCGUGGCCGGGUGUGACGCGUGGCCGGGUGUGAUGCGUGGCCGGGUGCGACGUGCGGCUGGAUGCGACGUGGCUGGUGAGAUUGACUGGCUGAGUGGUUGACUCGCCACAUCAAUAACACUGGUGUGUGUGGUCUUAAAAGGAAAAAUAUGUAAUAGGCGACAUUUCAGUCAAUGGCCCUUUCUCAUAGCAUGUGAAAAGAUGUGUGCGUUAAGAAUGUAAUUCUCAUCAGGCCUCACGGUGUAAACUGCACUGUCCAACGCUUAGCCACUCUUUCUCUUUGGCCUCUCUGUUUAUGUGCCAUGAAGAAAGGCCAUGGCCUGAAACGUUGUCCGUUAUAUAUUUUCUUUUAAUCCCGCAUUGUUAUUGACGAACGCGUUGAGUUUUAGUUUUUGGUUACUUGUGCACCACUGCCAAUGCAGCAUCACCAAAUGAUUGGAGUGACUGAGUGACUGUUUGUGCGACUGAGUGAGUGACCGAGUGAGUGACUGACCGCUACGAUUGGCUGGAUAAAAAUCUGUUACUCCAUUCCAUUGUACGCACGUACAUUACGUUGAACUUAUUUCGCACCAUACGUAGCCAAUCUUGCUAAUCGGAGGCGCCCACCAAGUUAGCACGGUUGCCCCACGGUUGACCCGUCGCCAGUGGCGAUGGCCACCUCCCGCACCAUCCGGCGGAUCGUGGCAUUGGCCGGGAACGUCGAGACGACAGGUGGUGGUGAAGUCAGCGGGUCGGUGGCGGCGGUGGGGAUCAAGAAGUCGCCACAUGACACCGCGUCGUCGACGGAUCGAUCCGGCGCGCCCCCGCGAUGGCGAGACAAUCGAUCUGCUCCGGUGCCGGUUCCGUGCCGCGUGUGAAGGGGAUCUCCUGCAGCAGCCACUAGAGGCGCUGUAAUGCAAUCGAAUCGGACAUCCGACGAGAUCGCCAAUCAGUCCGUGUGUGUGGAAGAAAGUAGGGGUGGCGUCGCCUGUCGUAGGGGCGUGUCUCUGCCCAUCUAUGGGCUUGUUGAGCGUGAAUCGAGGUCAGUCUGGUUAAUCCACGGUUAAUCCGACGGCUCCGGUAAGGGUAUAAAUUCGUCGAACGUUGAUCGCCGCGUCGAUUCAUUGGCAAGCGUCAUGGGAAACGCCCGCCCUCCGCCUCAGCUGCGCGAUCGGUGAUUAGUUUGAAAGUCCGUUUUUUCUUUUAUCGCCCAUCACAGCGCCACGGCGUAAGAUACAAUCAACCGUUGCUGGACCGCGACAAUCGAACAGUGCGGCUCGAGAAUCGUCGCUCGGUGGCGGAGGGGCG